AUGUUUUUCUCACGCUCCGGUCUCCUAGCCCCUUCGCUGAUUUCCCUGCUUCUGUCGAGCAAUGCGGUCGCCGAUGACGCACGAACGAGAGCCCGCAAUGCCUUUGAAGUACUUCAGGGCUGGUAUAACCCAUCGAGCGGAAUUUGGGACACUACUGGUUGGUGGGAUGGCGCAAGUUGCAUGAAUACAAUCGCAGACUUGGCUGCUUUGGAUACAUCUGUGGUGGACACGGCGGCAUAUGUUUUCAACAAUACAUUCAACGUGGGACCAGUAUCGAAUCCCCACCCCGGACCUGAAAUAAAGACCGUGUUCACACGCGAUGGACAACAAUCAAAUGCUGUCAAUGCUUCGCAAUGGCUGGACCAAGCCUACGAUGACGAUGGGUGGUGGGCCCUGGCAUGGAUUGCUGCAUAUGAUGUCACAAAGGAACAAAACUACCUCGAGCUCGCCGAGGGAAUCUUCGAAAGCCUGGUGAAAGCUUGGGGAACUAAUUGUGGUGGAGGCGGUCUUCCCUGGAACCCCACAAGCACCUAUGUGAACUCAAUCACGAACGAGGUCUUUCUAUCUGUGGCAGCACAUCUCGCGAACCGCGUUCAGGAUAGGAAAGAUUACUACGUUCGCUGGGCCCAGAAGGAAUGGGACUGGUUCGCAGCCCAGGGCUUCAUCGGCGAAAAUGGCACCAUCAAUGAUGGACUCUUGGAGAAUUGCCAAAACAAUGGAGAUACUGUGUGGUCUUACAACCAAGGUGUAGUCCUCGGCGGGCUGGUUGAGUUGAACAAAGCAGCGCCGAACGACACAUACCUGCCUUCUGCUGACCGAAUUGCAAAGGCGGCUAUCGAAACUUUGACAGACUCGAACAAUGUGAUACACGAUUCCUGCGAGCCGCAAUGUCUUCCAGACGGCACGCAGUUCAAGGGAAUCUUUAUCCGCAAUCUUGCAAUGCUGCAGAAGGUGUCCCCGAAUGCAAUUUAUCUUAACGUGAUCAAAAGCUGCGCGGCCAGCAUCUGGGAUAAUGAUCGCAAUGAGAAGAACCAGUUCGGUGUCAACUGGGCAGGACCCAUUCAAGCGCAGGUAGAUGCAUCCACCCACAGCUCCGCUCUUGAUGCUUUAGUUGCCGCAGUCGCGGUGCUUGGGGCAUAG